AUGGUUCGCACUUUCAAGAUCAAAGUCCCAGCUUCUUCCGCCAAUAUCGGCCCCGGGUACGAUGUUCUUGGUGUCGGUCUUUCUCUAUUCUUGGAGUUAGAAGUCACCAUCGACUCCAGCCUAGCUCACGAGACAAACGACGACCCCAACAACUGUAAGCUGUCCUACACCGAAGACAGUGAAGGCUACUCCUCCGUUCCAUUGCGUUCAGAUGCUAAUUUGAUCACCAGGACUGCACUAUACGUUUUGCGUUGCAACAAUAUCAGAAACUUCCCAUCCGGGACUAAAAUCCACGUUUCUAACCCAAUCCCACUGGGCCGUGGGUUAGGCUCCUCUGGUGCUGCUGUUGUAGCAGGUGUUAUUUUGGGGAAUGAAGUCGCCCAGUUGGGGUUCUCCAAGCAACGUAUGUUGGACUACUGUUUGAUGAUUGAACGUCAUCCAGACAACAUUACUGCUGCCAUGAUGGGCGGGUUCUGUGGCUCAUUUCUAAGAGACCUGACUCCACAAGAGGUGGAGAGACGUGAAAUCCCAUUGUCUGAGGUACUUCCAGAACCCUCUGGUGGUGAGGACACUGGACUAGUCCCUCCACUACCCCCCACCGACAUCGGGAGACACGUCAAAUACCAAUGGAACCCAGCCAUCAAGUGUAUUGCUAUCAUCCCACAAUUUGAGUUGUCUACCGCUGAUUCCAGAGGCAUUCUUCCAAAGGCCUACCCUACGCAAGAUUUGGUCUUCAACUUGCAAAGACUGGCCGUAUUGACCACUGCUUUGACCAUGGACCCACCCAAUGCCGACUUGAUCUACCCUGCCAUGCAAGACCGCGUCCACCAGCCUUAUAGAAAGACAUUGAUCCCGGGACUCACAGAGAUCCUAUCCUGCGUGACCCCCUCCACCUACCCAGGUCUUUUGGGUAUCUGCUUGUCAGGUGCAGGCCCAACCAUCUUGGCCUUGGCUACUGAGAACUUCGAGGAUAUCUCGCAAGAAAUUAUCAACAGGUUCGUCAAGAACGGUGUCGAGUGUUCCUGGAAGCUACUGGAGCCCGCUUACGACGGUGCCAGUGUUGAGCAGCAAUGA